AUGCCCGGCCUACCCCACCUUCCCGGCCGGCCGGCGCGGGCGUCGCCGUCGGUAAGUCUUCGCCCGCCGCCCCGGCCCCCGUGUCUUUUCUUCGGCCCGGGCGGCCUUGCGCCAUUUCACGCGGCAGCCGGCCCCCCGCGCUUGGCCGCCCUGUCGCCCCCUGCCUGCCCCCGCCGGCCGGCGUGGCGCGUUGGCAGGCUCCCUCGCAGCUGGCCCUCGCCGCCCGCAGGGUGGCCGGCCCUCCCUCUUCCUUGCGUCGUGUGUGACGCGCCUCAGCUGCUUGGCCGGCCGGGCGGGGGGCUAGGCCCGGGCGGCUGGCCUUUUAGGCCCUGUGGGAAGGAUGGAAGGAGGUUGCGCCCGGUUGAGCCCGCCCCUCCUUUGUAG